UUCGUGUUUCUUAUAAUAGCUCAAAGGAAAACAACGAAGAGACCAAAAAUUCGUGGAAGUCUCAAACGGAUAGUAGAUGGAUCAACUCGAUCACGUUAAGACUUGAAUUAAAUAUGGAUCCUCGGAAUCCUGAUCACAGUGGCACCUGGUGGGCAGUGGAUGAAAUCUGCGGGGUACGUCGAUCAUAGACUAGAUGAUUACUAGAUCGCGGAUCAACCCAUAGACAGGCCAUAGACUUGAUCGUGGGCUUGAUCCAACCACGUCGACGACGAAAUUUGACAGCCCGGAAAGAGGUUACGGGGAUCGGCGAUGUUGCGGGUUUGACUACAUUUAAAUAAUCGACGAUAUUAUGGCCGGUAACCUUAGUGACAUAUCGAAUGAAUCGAAUGAAAAAACUCCUACCAAUCCACGAUUGGCAUUAUACAAAAAUCUGACAAGAACAAAUAACUACAGAGACGAUUCGCGACAGGAGAUUCGUCGACAACGUUUACUCUGGGAGCAAAAAAAAAAUAGAGAUGCUACCUUUGACUCGGGCCGAGCUCUUUUGGACGAAGCGUUACAGGGCAAUGACUGCAACGACGAAGGAAUGGAGGUGCAACAAGACGAGACCUGGCGGAGUCCCAGGCGGGUACAAAAGUAUGCAAAUCAGCUAAUGAUGUCUGAAUGGAUGUUGGAGAUCCCUUCUGAUCUCGCAGAAAAGUGGCUUAUGGUUCCAUGUCCCCAAGGGCGCAGGGUGCUCCUCAUUGCGAGUAAGGGGAUGACAGUAGCUUACAACAAAAGGGGCGUCAGACUCGGGAAAUUCAGCUCGACUCUGCCAGGCGGCACUUAUCAGGACUAUAAGAAUAGGUGUACAAUACUCGACUGUAUUUGGGACAAGGAUACCAAAACCUAUUACACCUUGGAUGUCUUGGCUUGGUCUAAUCAGGCACUGCUCGAUUGCGACACAGAGUUCAGAUUCUUUUGGCUGAAGACACGGCUGGAAGAAACACAAGGACUCACCGAGAGAGGAAGCUUGGUUAAUAGCUAUCCUAUUCUCUCCCUGCCAAAUUAUCCCUGCGAUUCUGAUGCUGGCGCAAUUUUAGAAAACUUAUCAUCACUCCCUCCCCUUGACGGAUUACUCUUUUAUCAUAGAGAGGCGCAUUAUACGCAUGGACGAACGCCCCUGGUUAACUGGUUGAAACCAUUUAUGUUGUCUGAUGUAUUUGGACUUCAAUUUCCUCCAGACAUUUACGAGAAGCCACCAGACUACGUCGAUAUCAAAAGCUACAUUCGGAAGAAAACGACAACGCGGAGAAAAAAUAAGGGAACUGAUGAUUUGAUGGAAAUUACCAGUGCAGAAAAUGUUGUUGAAAUGGCCUGAACCUCGGCACAUGAAAACUCUGAAGCAUUAUAACACAGGCAGUUUCAGCGUAGACAUUUUACCCAGAAAGAUUAAUUUCAUCACUGACAAUUUUUGAUAACAUGAUCCAGGUGUACAUUAGACAAGCAGUGAACUGCACUUAGAGAAGGUAGAACUGACGAUAUUGCUACUUUAUAUGCGAUUGACUGUUCAGUACAAUGGACUAGGUUUAUUUUACGAAUAAAUAACUGAUAACAUGAUGCAUGUUCUGCGAUUCUUGUUGGAUUGUCGGAAUCAUAAAAAAAUACAUCGCUC